AUGACAGGACAAUGCAAGAUAUUGUUUACAAACUGGUACCAGGCCUUCAAGAAGGGAGACUCUGAAGGUCGAAAGCUCUUUGUGGGUGGCCUAAACUGGAACACAACACAAGAAACACUGCGCAAUUACUUUACCCAGUAUGGAGAAGUUGUAGACUGUGUAGUAAUGAAAGAUAAAGCAACAAACCAGUCUCGAGGUUUUGGCUUUGUUAAAUUUAAAGAUCCCAACUCUGUGGUGACAGUACUGGCCAAUAGACCUCAUACAUUGGAUGGUCGAAAUAUUGAUCCCAAACCAUGUACACCUCGAGGAACUCAGGCAGAGAAAACUCGUCCACAGGAAGGUUGGAAAGGACCCAGAAGUGACAGCAAAUCAAAAAAAAUUUUUGUUGGUGGGAUUCCUCACAAUUGUGGCGAGACUGAACUCAGGGAAUACUUCAAGAAAUUUGGAGUGGUUACUGAAGUUGUAAUGAUCUAUGAUGCUGAGAAGCAAAGGCCUCGAGGUUUUGGAUUUAUUUCCUACGAGGAUGAGCAAUCAAUGGACCAGGCUGUGGACAUGCAUUUUCACGACAUCAUGGGCAAAGAAGUGUAUAGUUGUAAUUUUAUUUUACCUUCUAUCAAAACCAAUGAUUCAGGAAUGUGGGUGCCAGCAGGACAAGGCAAUGGGAAGUUGGUUGUGGUGACCAUGCAGCAUUUAAUCUCCCAGAGGAAGAAGAUGGGAGAGAUGAGGAAGAUUUAUACUCUCAUUCUAAUGCUAGAUCAGUACUGUUGA